GUCAGAGUUUCGCAGAAAACACCAUGAAUGAACUCCUUGGCUGGUAUGGCUAUGAUAAAGUGGAAUUAAAAGAUGGGGAAGACAUUGAAAUUAAGAACUACGCUUUGGAUGGUGAGGGACGCCAGCACGUUUCAGUGUUGAAAGAAAAUUCCUUACCAAGACCGAGAUUAUCUGAAGACAGUGUUAUUACUUCAUCAGCCAACCUUAAUUCCAACUUUUCAGGAAUGACCACAGGAAAUGGACUUGCAGACACAUCAACAGGGUCAAAGGAUCACGGCAGCAUGCCCAUUAUUGUACCAUUAAUCCCACCGCCUAUGCUAAAGCCACCAACAGAGGAUGAAAUGGUAAAUGUGCAGAUAGUUUGUGCUUGGUGCCAGAAGCUGGGAAUUAAACGUUACUCCCUCAGCAUGGGAAGCGAGGUAAAAAGUUUCUGCAGUGAAAAAUGCUUUGCAGCCUGCAGACGGGCUUAUUUCAAGCGUAACAAGAGUCUGCCACAUACUGCGGAGGGUUGGCCGUUUGAAAGUAGCCCUGGGUCCCAUCGUGUUCAACAGGUUUCCUUGAUUACCAGAGGUGUGGUACAAUCUAGCUCCUACCACGGACCGAUUGGCUUCCUGCGUUCUGCACUGGGUGCAGGAAUCCAGGAUAGAAUAAAAGACAUGACAGAAGCAGUGGUAACCUGUGUGCUUUCUGGCCGGGGACAUGAUGACAUAUCAGCCCACCUUGGCACAUCAUCAAUACAGGAUAAGCAAUGUCAGUCUGUCUGGCCCAUUCCUAGGAGAACUUCCAUGGUAUGCGACUGGUGCAAGCACAUCCGACACACAAAAGAGUACCUGGACUUUGGAGAUGGGGAACGGCGGCUACAAUUCUGCAGUGCAAAAUGCCUCAAUCAGUACAAAAUGGACAUUUUUUACAAAGAGACACAGGCCAACCUUCCUGCUGGCUUGUGCAGCAAUGUGCACCCUCCAGUAGAAAGCAAAUCAGACAAUACAGGCGUGCAACUACUGACCCCAGAGUCUUGGAACAUGCCACUGAAAGGACAUGAUGCUAGGAGAAAAGCCCCAUCUCCUGUGGCACCUUCCGCGCAGACUCAAGUCACAGUCCCCUCGGCUUCUGCUGCCGUCUCCCCAUCUGAUCCUGCCAGUAGCUCUGCUGCCAAACUUUCCACUCCACUCUGCAAGCCAGCUUCUGUGAACGGAAGUCCAAAUAUUGCACUAAUGCAGCUCCAACAACCAGCCAACAUUGUGCCUCCAGUGGGUGUCCCUUCAGGGAGCCCCCCCAUGGUAAUGACAAAUCGAGGGCCUGUACCUCUGCCAAUAUUUAUGGAGCAGCAGAUGAUGCACCAAAUCCGUCCACCAUUUAUCCGAGGACCUCAUGCUUCUAGUCCCAAUAGUCCUCUGUCGAACCACAUGAUCCCAGGGCUUGGUCCCCCAGGAGGACCUCGAACUAUUGGUCCUAAUUCUAGUCCCAUGCAUAGGCCAAUGCUCUCACCACACUUACACCCUCCAUCAACACCCUCCCUACCAGGGAAUCAUCAAGGGUUACUUCCCCCUGGAGCACAGCUGCCUAAUGUUCCCUUUCCACCCAUAAAUAUGAUGCCAAAUGGCCACAUGCAUAUGCCGCAUCUUUUAAAUUUUGGCGUGCCAUCACUUGCCCCCUUGGUUCCUCCUCCAACGCUUCUAGUGCCCUACCCUGUUAUUGUUCCACUGCCUGUACCUAUUCCGAUCCCCAUUCCCAUUCCACACAUGUUCGAUUCCAAGUCUACCAAUGGCUUUUCCAGCAAUGCUGACAGCCGCAUUCCAAACACAUUGAACGAUGGAGAUGAAACAAAAGAGCCAAGCGCUUCUUUAACAUCCGAUAAGGGGCAGCACCGACAUUCAAAACCUAAUGAAGUCUCUGCUAACUGCUUAGGCCAUUCUUUGAACCAGCUAGCCGCACUUCUCGACACCAGCAGGGGCGAGGUUGUUGAUCUAACCGUCAAGCCUAAUGGUCCAAUUAAGAGUGAUUUUACUUACUCCAAUGCAGUAAACUUUCCACAAGAUGAAGUCAUAGACUUGACUGUUAGUCAUAGAAGCAGAUUUAAUCACAUCGCUCACAGGCCUUUACAUCCACCUGUGAAAGUCGAAAAUGAAGGCAGCAGUGUUGUAGAUUUGACUGUUUCUAUUCCGGACAAACGGAACUGUAAUGACUGUAGGGAUUUUCCUAGUUUGAACCUUGUUGAAUCAAAGGUGUUAGCUUGUAGUGACUCUUCCCACUGUGGCACUGCCCAGGUAAACUCUGGAAGCUCAGAUGUUGAUUCCAGUCUAACGCCUUGUAAUCUGGUUAUGAACGGCACAAAGAGUAUGGACAAUUCCACCUGCUCCGACGACGCAUCAGACCAGCCGCAGCAACAGCUACAGGACGAGCAGCAGCAACAGGAGGAGACCGCAGUCAACGAGCUGGAAUCAGUCAAAGAGAACUGCACAUCAAACUGUCAGCUGGAGUUAGAGGCAGGUAAGAAGGCCUCAAUUGAAUCACCCCUGGGUGGGGUGGACAAGCAGGAUGUAAAUCAUAAUCCUGCAGAUGAGGACCAUGCAUAUGCCUUGAGAGUAGUACCCAAGACGGGCUGCCUGAUUCAGCCUGUGCCAAAACUGACUGAAAAGACUGCCAUAGCACCCUGCAUAACCUCAACGUCAAUACUCAACACAGGGCCUGAGGACAUUGAACCGCCAUUGAAACGCAGAUGUCUUCGGAUUCGAAACCAGAACAAGUAAAGGAAUCUCGGUUGACAGUCCUCUGACCUGCCUGGAGAAAUGGAGCAGUGCAGUCAAGUUCCCCUCCACCAGGAGCUCUCCAGAGAGCGGCCCAGACCGCCAAGCUGCCAGCCACCUGACCUCGCACAGGAAGCGGCACUACCUACAGUGUUCUGAGUUGAAAGAAACAACGUGGAACAAUUCAGUUCAGCAGCAAACCGAGCCCCCUGUCUCGUCCUCAGACUAGAGGAGCAAGGGCAGGGUUUACAGCCGUCAGAACAAGAGUGUGGCAUUCCUCUUUCAGGCUAUUUUUUCUUGUGACUUUGAACAAUUCUCGGAAUGACCUGUUUGGGGCCUAUUUUGUUCUCUCCACCCCUCUUACCCUUUGCUGUUUUCCUAUUAAGUAUAUGGACCAAUUUCGCAAAGCUCUUUUUGAAUCCCUCCCCCCCACUCCCACCC